CCGCGCGGGGUGCCUGCACACAGGGGACAGGGGAGGCCCCUUGCCAAACACUUGCGGAUCGCGACGCACCGCCCUCGACGGCCACUCCGACAGCUGCGCCGCACAGUGGACGGAUAAUGAAUCACGUCCGCCCUCCGCGGAACCGUGUGGUAAUUCCCUUGAGCGACAAGUGACACCAGAAUUUACCACAGUUACGAAUUCUACCUGACAGAAGUGAGACACAGUCCUUUAUUCUGUUAAUCGCACAUACAUAGCCGAGUUAGUGUGCCACGCUUGGAACUAAUUGUCUUCUGUAGCAGCGCACACGACUAACAUGAGCGAGGAAGAGGGCUGCGAGGAGCGGAGCGCGUGCGCGGUGUGCGGCGGGCCCGUGCAGGAGGCGUGCGCGCUGUGCGAGCAGACGUCGUACUGCGGGCCGCAGCACCAGAGGCAGCACUGGCCGCUGCACCGCGCUGCCUGCUCGCCGCUGCGAGUCGCCACGUCGCCGCAGCUCGGCAGGUACCUGGUGGCGACGCGCGACCUCAAGGCGGGGGAGCUGCUGCUGAAGGAGCAGCCGGUGGCGGUGGGCCCCCGCGCCGGGGGCGGCCGCUCGCCGCUGUGCCUGGGCUGCUGGAGGCGGCUGCCCGCGCCGCCCCCCACCUGCCUCCGGUGCUCGGCCGCGCCGCUCUGCCCCGGCGGCUCCUGCCAGCACGAUGAAUCCGAGUGCUGCGCGCUGCGGGAGGCUGGCGAGGCGGGGGCGCGGCUGCUGCGUGCAGGGGUGGAGGCGGUGCUGCCGCUGCGCUGCCUGCUGCUGGCGGCCGCCCGGCCAGACAACUGGCGGCAGCUGCUGCAGCUCGAGGCGCACGCCGAGCGGCGCGGGCCCGGCACCGCCGUCUGGAGCCACAACGACGCCACAGUCGUGCAGCCGCUGAAGGAGGCGGGCCUGCUGCGCGAGAGCGAGGAGACGUGCCAGCGCGUGUGCGGCGUGCUGGACGUGAACAGCUUCGAGGUGCGCGCGCCCCACGGCGGCCACGACCAGCUGCGCGCCGUGUACGCGCGCGCCGCGCUCAUGGCGCACGACUGCGUCGCCAACACGCACCUCGCCGUCGACGACAACUUCGUCAUGACGGUGCACGCCGCGCUGCCCAUCCCCAAGGACGCCGCUGUGUGCUUCAACUACACCAACGUCCUGCAGGGCACGUCGGAGCGGCGCGAGCACCUGCUGGAGGGCAAGUACUUCGAGUGCGGCUGCGCGCGCUGCCGAGACCCCACCGAGCUGGGCACCCACCUCAGCUCGCUGCGCUGCCCCCGCUGCCGGAAGGGACUCGUCUGCGCCCUGCAGGACCAGCCGAACGUGUGGCGCUGCUGCGACUGCGGGCGGUCGUUCUGCGGCGGCAUGGCUCGCUGCGCGCUGUGGUGCGCGCGCGACGCCGUGGAGGCGGCGCUGGAGGCGGCGGAGGCGGAGGACGAGAGCGGCGGCGCGCGCGUGCUGGAGGCCGCCGCCACCGGCGCUCAGCUGCCGCGCAAGCUGCUCGCCCGCCAGGUGCAGCUGUGCCGCGGGCUGCUGCCGCUGCUCGCCGUCGUCGAGCCCGGCAUCUCCAGGCUCAGGGGCAUCGCACUGUACGAGCUGCAGGGACCUCUGGCGGAGCUGGCUCGGCGCGAGCACGCAGCCGGGGAGUUGACCAUGCAGCAGCUGGUGGAGCGGCUGGAGGAGGCGGAGGGCGCGCUCAAGGAUGCGCUGGCGGCGCUGUUGUUUGAGCCCGCCCUCUCCCCAGAGGGCCGGCUGGCGCGCGCCGCCAUGCUAGAGCUGCGCGACUUGCGCGAAGAGAUCCACGACCUGAGGAGGGAGGCGCAGCCGCAGCCGAAACACCCGCAGCGCAAGGACAGGCGCCGCCACAAGUAGCUGCCGCUCAAUGGGCAGCAUCUGGCUGCGUACCGCCUCCAUACUGAUAAGUUUUUGCGGGGAGACUUUGUUGCUUAAAUUAGGUGAAUGCCAACUCCACUAGCAAACUUGCGGAUUCUUGCCAAAUUAUAAGAGUGUACCAGAGGGGAGGGCUCAGUUCUCUAAUUAGUCUUUCAUUACAAAGAUCAUGAUGAAGUUGUAACUGUCAGAAAGUUUCAUUAAAAUGCACACUCUGUUGAAAAGUGGAGCUGUCACUUGUACGAAGCUCUCAGAGCGUGGCAAAGCCAUUAUUUUCAGAUAAACCUCCUUUAGGUGAAUUUUAAGAGGUAACUGAAAGAGCAGUGCAGAGAUAGUUGCAGAUUAGAGCCUCUAGAUGGGCUUAGCAUAUUUCGAUUGUUCAUAUGUCCCCCAAAGGGCCAAGGUACCAGGUCGAAUCUCCAACUGGAACUCGGUUUUAUUCCACAGUAAAAUUUCAUUCCAGCGAAUACUCCACUUCAGAGUGGAAAAUUCGUUACGAACUUGUAACAUGUAGUCUCAAUGGUGGCGUUGACACAGUGCACCAUACUCCUCAAGGCACUAAUUAUACUGGAGAUUCAACUUGAUCUGCAACUGCCAACAGCUGCCCACAACUCAUGCAGACUGGUCAGAGCUGAGUCCAACAGGGUCACAUAUCGCUUGAUGGAGCCAAUAUCGUGCUCAACAAGAUUCAGCUUAGAUGAUCCGAGGGCACCACACAAACACCCUCAUGGCUGUGGAGUGUUUCUGAAACCCUUAUGAUACAGUUUGGGAAUGAAGAGAAGAUCCAUUAUCUUGCUGAAGAUAAUAUCUCAUGCCAGGUUUAGAAUAUAAAGAAAAAGAUGCAUCUAACCUGACAGUAUGGUAUGCUGACGAGAGGCUGGCAAACAUUGAAUGUGGCCCAUAAAAUAGCUGACCUCUGUUAUCAAGAAAUUGAUUUCUAAGGUAGUCUACUCUAGUGGCCACAGUUUUCCUUCAUUCAAGCAUCACAAGAUACAUUCUUGACAAAGUAAUGGGUGAAAAGACAGUGCUUGCAUAACUUUGUAGAUGGAAUAUUCCAGGCCAUUUGCGUUUAGCGUUAAAUGAGUGUGAUUUAUUGAUAGAGGCAGGGAAUGGAGAAUGACAGGGAAAAUUUGUGUAUUUGAUGAUGACUGAAAUAGGCUGCUCCUUCCCCUUUUACUUCUGAUGCCUUUUCUGUGGGGAAGAUCAUAAUCGUCAGAAUGCAGUACACAUGUUUACUAUACAAACAAUUCGACAUUUACUACAAAGAUGUUAUGAACAGAAGAAAUGGUGGACGAUUAGGAUUCAACUAUAGCAGAGCUAUUAGAGUAUGGGGAUGAAGACCUCCAUCGUUCUUCUUAGCCGGCCGGUGUGGCCGAGCGGUUCUAGGCGCUACAGUCUGGAACCGCGCGACAGCUAUGGUCGCAGGUUCGAAUCCUGCCUCGGGCAUGGAUGUGUGUGAUGUCAUUAGGUUAGUUAGGUUUAAGUAGUUCUAAGUUCUAGAGGACUGAUGACCUCAGAUGUUAAGUCCCAUAGUGCUCAGAGCCAUUUUGAACCGUUCUUUUUAAGUAAACAAACUGGUCAGUUACCCUAGCUUUCUUAUGUAGACAAACUGCUCACUUGAGCCCUAGUUUUGUUUAUUUCGGUCUUACUUAAUGGACAAUAACUGUCUUUAUAAUUACUGUCAUAACUAUCAUUACAAUUGUCAUAGUUUGUAGCCAAGAUGGCAGUUGAGUAGCGUACUUGUGCUCAUGCUUACCCAGGUGUCUGUAUGCUUCUAGCCAAAAGUUUUAACUCUCAUCAUAAAGAUGGUAAUGCAUGAUUUAAAAAAUGACAUCUCCCUUCCUCCACUUAUGCAGUGUGCUCCUAUUGGUCCAGCACCCAUCGUGCCGUCCUUAGUGUCCCCAGAAUCCUGAGAGGGGGGCUAGGCAUUCUUGGUCUGUACAUUGCUCAAGCAACAGCACCACCAUGAAGCUUCAGAGAUCAUCCUCCAUCUCCAAGGAGAAUAAGUGGAAGAAAACUGUUUCAUUCAAAUGUAAUUAUUAAUUCUUCAUCUCUCUCUCUCUCUCUCUCUCUCUCUCUCAUUAUUACAUUAUUAUUAUUAUUGUUAUUAUUAUUUGUCAAUUGGUAAUAUUAUAGUAAUUUUUAUAUUUUCUGUGUUGGAGUAGACUCCCAAUGAUAAUACAUUCAACAAGCUCGGCUUA